AGUUACAUUUUGUUUCAGGUGUUGUGGGUGAGAGCUGUAUGAAUGUGACUUACACACAUCAGAGUAUCUGUGCUUUGAAAGGGUCAACAGUGGACAUAUCCUGCUUUUACACACAUCCCAGUUGGCAAAACGUCACAGAAGUAUCCUGGUUCAGGAAAUGGAAGUCUGGAGUAACUAAAGACCUGAUCCAUGACUCAGAGUAUGCAACUCGUGUGGAAUACCAUCGACAAACAGAAAAUGACUCCACCCUGAGAAUCACAGACCUGAGAGAAAGUGACUCAACUGAGUACAAGUUCAGAUUUACAACUGAUGAGGCCAGAUGGGGAUACAGCUUCCCUGGAACCACUCUGACUGUCACAGGUUUUCAGGUGGAGGUGACUCCUGAACAGUAUUCAGAGUAUAAGACACUGACCUGUAGCACCACCUGUACUCUGAGUCACCCCAACCCCACCUACAUCUGGUACAAGAACGGACAACAUCUAGAUGAGAGCACCUCCCCCCAGUACAAAGACUCAGUCUCCAAUAACUAUGAAGACAGUUACUCCUGUGCUGUAAAAGGCCAUGAGGAUCUCCACUCUCCUGCAGUGUGUGUUCAGGGUCAAAGCUGCAACAGAGUGACUUACACCAAGAGGAGAAUCUGUGUCUUGAAGGGGUCAACAGUGGACAUAUCCUGUACUUAUGUUGGUUAUUAUUCCACCACGUCAACAGUCUGGUUUAGAAGUGAUAAGUUGACCCCUGAAGACCUAACAGGAGACCCAGGGUAUGAGGGUCGUGUGGAGUACACUGGAACAUACAAAGGUCCCUUCACCCUGAGAAUCACAGAUCUGAGAGAGGAGGACUCAGCUGAGUAUCGCUUCACUUUUAAAACAAACAACUUUGAAUGGGGUCAUAGUUUCCCAGGAUCAACUCUGUCUGUCACAGGUCUGCAGGUGAAGGUGACUCCUGCUGCAGAGGGACAGAAGACACUGACCUGUAGAACCACCUGUCUUCUGACUGACAACCACAGCCCCACCUACAUCUGGUACAAGAACGGACAACGUCUAGAUGAGCCCACUUACCAACAAUACUCUUGUAAUACCCUAGUAGUGUUGGGUCAUUCUGUGGACAGUUACUCCUGUGCUGUAGAACACCAUGAGGAACUCCACUCUCCUGCAGUGUAUGCUCCAAAGAACACCUCAGUGUCAGUCAGUCCCUCUGGUGACAUAAUGGAGGGCAGUUCAGUGACUCUGACCUGCAGCAGUGAUGCCAACCCACCUGUGGACACAUACACCUGGUACAAGAAGAAUGUAACCUCACCAAAAGCAUCAGGACAGAGUUACAGCAUCACUAACAUCAGCUCUGAGGACAGAGGAGAAUAUUACUGUGAGGCCCAGAAUGGAAAAGGAUCUAUGAACUCUACAGCUCUGAUGAUCAUUGUAGCAGGGAAACAGACCUCAGUUCUGACUGCAGCUGUAGGAAUCAUAGUGGUUGUUCUGGUUCUCAUCCUCUGUCUCUCUGGACUCAUGUGGUUCAGGAAGAAGGUCUCCACAUCCACCUGCAACACAAGAGACACAGCAGAUGAUGGACAGGGAGACUCUAGUCCAGUGUAUGACAACAUCUCAGGCAUGGCCAUAACCUCUACUGCAGCACAGACAGCAGCCACAGACGACCAGGAUGAUGUUCACUACGCCAGCGUCCACUUCUCUCACUCCAAAAACCAGGAUGUGCCUCUGUACUCCACUGUCCAGCUGCAUCAACCACAGAAACAGGACCAAGAUGUCCAAUACGCUGCUGUGACAUUCAACCUCCCCAGUUCUGCCACCCAACCCGCAGCAGCACAAGCAGCUGAGGAGGAGCCCUCUGUGCUCUACAGUACAGUCAUCAAACCCAAAACCAAGAAGACCUGAACACAAUAAAACCCAAACCAGAGAAGAACUCAAAACAACAAAACCAGAACCAAGAAGACCUGAACACAACAAACCCAGAAACAAGAAGACCUGAACACAACAUACCAGAACCAAGAAGACCUGAACACAAUAAACCCCAAACCAGAGAAGAACUGAAAACAACAAAACCAGAACCAAGAAGACCUGAACACAACAAACCCAGAACCAAGAAGACCCGAACACAACAAACCCAGAACCAAGAAGACCUGAACACAACAUACCAGAACCAAGAAGACUUGAACACGCCAGGUUUGACAAAAACCUUGUAUAUCUGGAACCUUAUAUUUUACUAAGUGACAUAAGGCCUGAGGGGGUGUGAAAUAUUGUCCAUUAUAAACCGGGUGGUUCGAUGCCUGAAUGCUGAUUUGCUGAAAGGCGUGGUAUAUCAGACCGUAUACCAUGGGUAUGACAGAAAAUGAUUAUGUACUCGUCUAUUACAUUGGUCACCAGUUUAUAG